CGUCGCGUAACUACGGAGAAGGAAACGCCGUGUUCAAGUACGGGAGGACGCAACGCGUUGUGUUGUAUUGGCAGGCUUGGAAAACGACGCUCGCGAACAGGCGAUCGAUUGUAAACCCGUAGCGGGCCUCGUGUCAGUGCAGACUGCCUUUAGCCCUCAGCUGGUUGUUGAACGGCAGCCAUGGAUGAUGCUUGGAACGCUCGCUGCGAUCAGCCGGGAAAUGAGGCCGUGCAUGUGGGGUCAUACCGGUCAGUUUUCGCCCACUGACACCAUAUGGCUCCUGUUUAUCCCGCCCCACACCCGCACCUUGGGAGGAGACUGGAACAGCCUCAAGGUCAAAGAUCUCCGCAGGAAAGUGGUGAAUUAGCAAAGGAAACAUGAUGGGAUGUUACACAAAGCUCGGACUAGCCACUAUUAACGUUACCGUGCCCGUAUCUCUAGGGACUUGAUAGCCUUUGCGAUAUGAUGGAUUCGUCCAACCGAAACAGUGGUCACGAUGAUGAAUGGAGCAAUGCCUUGAAACUGACCGCUCGAGAUGAUGGAAAGAAGAAAGGCAAACAAUCUAUACCGGACCUACCUGAGUUCAACCAAUCGAAAGCGUUGGCUGACGAUGACGUCAGGUGUGGUUUCGGAAGCUACCGUCCUGAUUGGCUGCAAGUCUUCAAUAACCCAAAGUGCCUGCUUUUCUUCUUGUGUGCUUACUGUAUGAUCCUAGGGUUUGUCGUGAACGGAAUUAACAAUGUCAACACGACGUCUAUUGAACGUCGGUUCAACCUACCCAGCGCCAAAGUCGGCCUCAUCUCCAGCGCUUACGACAUCGCCGCAGGAAUCCUGGGGGUGUUCGUCAGCUACUACGCGUCUGGGAGGAACAAGGCUCGAUGGGUGGCGGGGGCAGGGGUCAUCAUGGCCAUGGGGUCGCUCGUCAUGUCCCUACCGCACUUCACCACCGGCGCGUACGAACUGGGCGAACUAGAUCAAAGCUUCUGUGAACACAAUGGAACCUCGAACACCACAACCUGCGCUCAGGACACCGAGACCUACCUAUCCAACUACCUCUAUGUGUUCAUCCUGGGUCAGAUGCUGCACGGCGUGGGGGGGACCACCGUGUACACAGUGGGCGUGGCACUCCUUGACGACAGUCUCCCGUCCCAGUCUACUCCACUGUAUUUAGGUAUUCUGUAUGGAUGCUCAGUACUGGGCCCUGGGCUCGGCUUCGUCAUAGGCGGGCAGUUCCUAAGCUACUACGUCGACUUCGACACAGUCAACACCUCAAGCCUGAAUAUCACAACAGAUGACCCCAGAUGGGUCGGGGCCUGGUGGUUCACGUUCCUCGUCUGCGCCAUCUUGAAUCUGGUCGUGUCCUUACCCUUGUUCGGCUAUGGAAAAGAACUGCCUUCCGCCCGAUACGUGAGUGCCACACGGAGGUCCCAGGCCCAUACCUCGUCCAGCCACACUGCAGCCAGGGUCGGGGAGAAGGGGUCACUCACUGACCUCCUCCGCGUGCUCUACACCCUCUUGAUGAAUCCCGUGUUCUGCUUCAUGACGCUCAGUAUGCUAAUGGAGGGCCUCGUGAUAGCAGGCAGCGCCACCUUCCUGCCAAAGUUUAUAGAGAAUGAAUACAAAAUAUCAGCUUCACUCGCUGCCAUGUUAACAGGUAUAGCAGUUGUGCCCAGUGCCGCCGGUGGUCAGUUUGUGGGGGGCAUCAUAACCCGGAAGUUGAAGCUGGACAUCAGAGGGGCCAUGAAGGUCUGCAUUGUCGGAGUGUUCGGGGCCCUGGUGUCCAGCUCCGUCUUAUGGCUCAAAUGUGAUAAAGAAAUUAUUUCCGGCAUAGACAGAGCGUACGAAGGGUUCAACCACACCCCCUACACAGUAGAGCUGACUGUCGGAUGUAACGCCCACUGCCGCUGCAGCACUGACGUCUUCGAGCCGGUGUGCGACCCCACGGGGAAUGUGUAUUUUACGCCGUGUCACGCCGGCUGUUCAAAAGACCUGGGGAAUGGGAACUACAGCGGCUGCGCCUGCGUGAAGAGCCCGACGUUCGCCAAUUCCAGCGUCGAGGUGACGAGUAAGGGCUGCAGGGAAUCGUGCUCCCUCCUAUACGUCUUCCUCUCUCUCAUGUUCGUCCUCAUCUUCUUCGUCUUCAUCCCUGUGGCGCCGGGGGACUCAGUGCAGCUCAGAUGUGUACCGGAAGAACACAAGACGUUUGCCCAGGGUGUGAAAUUACUGAUUGUGCGACUGCUUGGUACCGUUCCCGGUCCAAUAUUGUACGGCCGUUUGCUGGACGAAUCGUGUGUUGUGUGGCGAGAGAAGUGCGACAGUCGCCUCUCCUGCUGGGUGUACGACAGUAACACCAUGGCGAGGAACCUGUUCCUGUUGAUGAUAGGAACUUGUAUAUUUUCCGGGCUUUUCCUCGUUUUGGCGUUGCGUUUGUACAGACCCCCAGAAACCCCCGAUGACUCGCCAAAGACGGAAGAAACUGUUGCCAAGGACGAUGUUGAAGGUGAUGUGAGAGAGCCAAUCAUAGCCAAGGGAGUGCGCUCUUAGUAAUGGGAGGCAACUCUUACUGACUUUUGUAAACGGAGAUUGCUCCUUGUGAUGAUGAAGGGAGAUAACCGCUGUUGAUUUUUCAUAUCAUUGUUGGAUAUAUACGAAUGUAUAAUGUGUUUUCAUUACUGGAAUUUAUCAUGGUGUACAGACUUUUGUAUUGUUUUGCCUGGCUUGUUUAGAAUGCUGUUCUGUUAUGAGAUAAGUAUGCAGAUAUGUAUUGGAAAAUCGUUGUAUGAUAUCCUUGAGUGUUGAAUGAUGUUGUACAGUGUUUUGUUGAAAUGUUGUGUCAUCAGCCUUGAGAUCUUGGACAGCUGUUGUCGUGUUACAACCUCGGUUAUUGAAAGAUCGAUUUGACUGUGUCAGGGGUUAGUUAAACCUCAGCUGUUAAGAACUACUACAAAACGCGGUCUGUGCCAGACUAUGGUAGUGUGGUUGAAUGUGUUAAAGCGGCUGGGGAACAGUUGCUGUGAAGAGUAGAGGACAAGGUGUGACAAGGUGCUCCUGAAUGUAUAACCAAAGCUGGCUGAAGUGUUUCAACUAGACCGAGGCUAUGGGAAUGGUAUAUGUGGGUCGACCGUUGAAACAUUUCACCAUAACCUCCACUUUGGGCAUUAUGUUCACCUCGACUAUUGAAGCAUCUGCAUUAUUGAAGCAUCUCGCUAUACUCUUGGCUUUGGAAAUGAGAUAUAUGGCUCGACUGUUGAAGCAUUUUACACGAACCUCUAUUGUUGGAGUUGAUAGCUCAACUUCGGUUUUAUAGUCACGUUAUACAUACGCGGGUCGGGGAUGGAGCAAUCUGAGCAUUGAUACAGAAUGAUCUUUUCUUAUGUAUGCAGUCUUCCAUCAAGGUUUUUUGUAUUGAUCAUCAUGCAAUGAUGUGUGUGGUAAUAUUUUCAGACUGAGGAACGUGAGUAAUAGAGAUAUUUUCCAAGAACCCUCAUCUUCAGAAGCUGUUUUGCUAAGCGUUUCUACUUUGUGAUACGAUAUUUUUAAACUCUGACACAUAUUUAAUGAACAUAAAUUUAUAUGUAAUUAUAACUGUUUAUUAAUAAGGUCUUCCACACCUACCGGACGCAAUAUGAUUGACCUCAUUAUUUCUUCAGCCAAAUGCUUCCAAUACUACACUUGCAAUACGCAAACCUCAUCGUUGCCAUUUUAUAAUCCUCUGACAAAUCUUAUUUUGGGUAAGUAUGAUCUUGUGAGAGUGAUACAAUACAAAUGAGCUCAAAUCUACUUUUAAAUUCAUUUAAAUCAAAAGAACUUCUUCUCGCACUGAAUGAGGAUUAGCAUAAAAUGCAAAAGCACUGGUUGAAUUUGUUCGAUGUUUUGCCACUUGAUAUACAACGGUACCUCGUUAACUCGAGAUCGAGGAGAUCGUCAAAAAUGUAUCCAGUUAGCCAUAGUUCGAAACAAGCGGAGUGUCAUGUUAGACCAUAUUGACAAUAACCAUUCGGCAAGGACCAUAAGAAUAUAUCGUCGUAAACAACAUGUCGACGUCGUGUUAACGAAAUUUCAGUUGUCAAUAUCAGAAGCACUGUAAAAUUAAGAAGCACUAUAUGGUUCAAACUCCGUUGUUGUCGUUAGUAGACCUACCACAGUGAGAUUCAUGUCCGCUUGACGACAGGUAGCGUUUUCUUUUAAUUUAUUUGAAAUGAAUUCAUCCCAAUUAUGUUUCUAGGUUUGUCAGCACCAUACCCGCGCUCGUGGGUUUGAUCUAAGUUGUAAACGCCUGAGACAUGCAUUACUUCGGGCUUUCCUCCCACAUUAAGCUGACACACCGUGACAUAUAUGGAAUACUGUUCAAAGCGGCGUUGAUACAACUCACUCACUCUCUAUUUUUAAUGAAGCAUAGUCAUCUAAACGUACACUGCCAAAGGUGUGACAUAUGUUGGUAUUAUUCCUUUGCCUACUUCACGCUAUUUUGUAGGGGGCACGGGUGGCCCAGUCGUCUGAGGCGACGCAAUUCGCUGUGCAGAGUUGCGUCCCUUCGACACGCCAGAAACCUAUGAUUGUGGGUUCGAAUCCCGGUUCACCCCGAUUAUGUUCC